ACAGUAAAAUAUCUGUUUCCACUCUUUCUGUCCUGUACAUUCAGGUCACAAAAUUGUCGAUAGAAGUUGGAGUAGCAAUGUGUGCUUAUUAGCAACACAAGAUGGUACCAGAGUGUCACCCACCACCAACCAAUGUGACACGGAAGUCAGCAGAGAUCCAUCGACAUUCUACUUCUCUUUUUGUUAACACCGAACCUGUCAGUAUUGCCUAUGUAGUCUAUGUCUUCAAGACAACACUAAAGACAGAGAACUCAAACUGGAUGUUUGAGUAAUACCUUAAUAGUGGCAUUCCAACGUUGUUGUGACUUUGUAAGUAGGCCUACUUUUUACAAGGUUUGUAUUUUUACAUCAAUUCACAUAAUUUAUACUAAUUUAGCCUCUACAUGUCUAUAUUAUUGUAUUGCCUACUUAUUCUAAUUAGUGACCAACCCUAUAGCUAUUAAUUAAUUAUAUAUUGUUCAUUAUAUUCAAUAGCCUAACUGUAAGAGCAUAACUUCCACUUUUUAUGUAGGCUAAAUACUAAUGUAAAAAAAAUGCUUAAUUUAUUUGGAAAUGUCAUUGCUGCCCACCAUUAAUCUACAAUUUAACUAUAUUUUAGCCUACUUAUUAUUUAACUGUGUACACAGAGUUAACAAUUAAAUUGACUUCAACAUCAAAAAAAGAAUAAAAGAUUCAUACUUAAUUAGCGCUGCCUAUCACGCCUCAAUUGGCUGUUACACAAAAUGACAUCGUCAUGUGAAUCCAACGUUAUCGUUAACUUUGUUCCCCAUACAGUGUUGACAGUGUAAUGUCCAGAAAAAACAUUCCGAUGUUGUAGAAACAUUUCUAGGGUACUUGGUGAGAUCUCUCAGAGCACACCACAAGGUAAUCCUUGCGGGCACCAGUUUAUUUUCAAUUGAAGAGGAGAUUGAGAAUGGACUCCUUUUACCUCCUCCUCCUUCUGCUCUUCCUAGAAGUCUCAGGGAACAUGCAGCCAAAGAUCCUCACUCCACGAAAUGGUGAAGUCAUAGAAGUGACCCUUGGCUCCCAUACAGAGAUUGUCUGUAAUAGUAGCAUAUACAAGGACUUGGAUAGUGAGGUGUAUUGGAUGAAGACAAUGAACACGACAAUGACCUUUCUGGACGAGAAUGAGAUGCUCCCUGUCUUCUACAAGGAGCAGAAUGGUUCGGCAACCUUGACCAUCAGGGAGGUGUCUGAGGAGGCCCUGGUCUUCAACUACACCUGUAUUCUCACCUCCACCAGCGGCAUGGACCUAGCAUCGAUCAGCCUGAUACUCAAGGCCCCCCCACCCUCGUAUAUCCUGGUCGUUGGUCUCCCAGUGCUCUUGGUGGUUGUGGUCGUCAUGUCGAUAGUCAUAUACGUGACCCUGAGGGUGGACAUUGUUCUGUUUGUACGGGACAGGCUGGGUUUCCAUGGAAGGACCUCAGAUGGAAAGAGCUACGAUGCCUACAUAAUGCCUUUUGAGGGCCCCGGAGGGGUGGGGCUUACUGCACAAGACCGGAGGAUGCUGGAGGCGGUGCUAGAGGAGCAGCUGCCUCUGAUACAGCCUCUGUCUUUACCACCGAGAUGUCCUGCCUGGACAAGCUGUAGCCAAGGCAGUUCUGGACUGCAUAAAACAAAGUCGCAGGCUGGUUCUGGUCCCCUGCUCUCUGGACCAAGGACAGAACCAGGACCAGGGCCACAACCAGGACAACAGCAGUGAGGUUCAUCACAGGCUCCUGAGUGAUCUACAUGCAACUCUGGUGGGGCAUCAGACCCAGCUGGUCCUGAUCCAGACAGAAGCUCCACCUUCAGACAGCCACACUGACCAGGACCAGGCCCAGGCCCCUCUCCCAAAGGCUGUGCAUCUGCUAGCCCAGGCUGGCCACAAGGUCACCUGGCGUGGCUCCUCUUCCUGCCCACUCUCCUCCCCCUUCUGGAAGCAGCUACGUUUCUGCCUGCCCUCCAAACCUAGCCAGCGACCCCUACACACACCUUUGUCCUACCACCCCUGCUGAUGCCUGGGUCCUAGCUCUCCUCUUGACCGCCAGCAGCAGUUCUGGAGAUAGUGGGAAUUUUCAGGCUUCUUUGAUGCUUCACUCUUUACACGUUCUUGGUUCCUCUCCAGUAUGGACCUGUGUAGAAGCUAACAUAUACUACACUCAAUGUUCACAUAUGACUAACAGUUUUAAAUCAGCGGCUUGUUUAUUCCAGGAGGACUCGGCGGGGCUGUUAGUGUGUCUCUCCAUGGCGUUGAUCUUGUGCAUUUAAUUAAGAAGAGAGGGGGGAAAGAACUGGGGGAGAAAGGGGAUCAGGGUUCAAACCUCUCAAUGCAGCCUCAUUCAUACUCUUCAGAGUAGUUGUGGACAGUGCAGUGGACUUUUUUACUUAUUUCACCCUUUGCCAAUAACAAUAUUAUUUUUAUUCUGCAAUAUAUUGUGUCAUGUAAUCUAUAAUGAUACUGAUCAUGAUAAUGAUACGACGAUGAUAAAAUAAUAAUAAA